GCGAGAGUGAGAGCUCAUAGGGAAGAUCUUAGGGGCAACAGAUCUGGUUUGCACAGCAAAUGCAACGGGAUGGAUUUCUGCACGACGUGAACGCGAGCAAGGAACAGCUGCCUCACACAUAAAAAGCAGAACGUCAGCCAGGACGUCAGGGAUGGAGGUCCCUUUGGUGGACCAUAAUGAGACUGGUAUCUCUCCAAUAGACAAUGGGACAUUCCUGCGUUUCUCCCCAACCUCUGCUUCCACGUCAGCGGCCGCCUCGUCACCAGGACGUCAGGGCAACGUUUAUGUCUACGUGUGGCUCUUCCUCGGCCUGCUGGUAUUCCUGCUGACACUGCUCAUCAUCUCCCUCCACAGGCUGAAGAACAUCAUCUCCUCCUCCUCCUCUGUUCCCGACUGCAGCAGCGAGGGAGGGAGCUCCUUCACCAACAUGGAGAUCUGUAGCAUCUCGUCUCAGAGGUCCACCAUCUCCUCACUGUCCACCUGAGGGAGUCGGGAGGGGGAACAUACAGGCACAUAGACAUGUAUGUAGUCAUGCAUGCAACAGGCAAGCAUGCACACACACAAAGCACAUAAAGGCCCAGCACCUCCUCACUGUGACAUACAAACACAAUAACAAUCCGUCAGUCACAAAGACGAAAUGGCAUUACAUUCCAUGCACGCAUAUUCUAAUCCCGAUGGUCCACUGAGUCUGGUGAGUCCAUGCUAUUUGCGUAGGCACAGGGGAAAUAUAGCUCACAAUGUGAUGAAGAGGUCUUGAGGGGUGUGUGUGACUGAACCCUUCUGAGCCUUAUUUCAACAAUCAAGACAAAUGAACCUGACAAACUGCUUUCCCUCUGCAGGAACAAGCAUAAUGAGGAACUAUUAUCUCUCCUAUUCAUUUUUGUAAAAUUAAUUUCCUGUACUGUGCUGUGUCAUAUUUACUGUAGAACAAAUAACAUUGUUUUCAAGUGAUGCUUUGUACAGCAUGUCUCAUAAUGUCUGUCGACUACAUUUCAAAAUCAGAUUUCCAAUAAUAUUAAAGGCCAUUAAUUGGUACAGAAAUGCAUACUUGUGCCUCAGUUGUUCAGUAAGACUUUGGGAUGCUGUAACUUCAUUUUGUUUUUACCAUAAGAAAGAAUCAGAUACCUUAAAAACUGUACACACACCAAAAUGAUUCCCCAAAGUCUGGGGAAAGGAUAUUGCACAAACACCCUGCUGUGGAUGUGAAGGCGAGAAGGAAAUGAGGGUUGUGUCUUAGACUACUGACAGGCAGUCAGCCUCUGACUGCAGCUACAGGCAGAGCAGGUCAAAAGUGGCAUACACAACAAGAUCAAAUUCUGGCCCUGAAAGACAGGUCUACCAGCGUAACGGAUUACUCUCCUCUUGCCUGUCAGCUCAUAUGGCGUCUGAUUACAGUCUCCAUAGUGACUUAAGCACGAGCGCUGUGUGCAGCUGUCAGCCUUGUCUGUAUUCCAGGCUUAAGCUACAGUAAUGGCCGUUUCUGCUCAAAAUACAUCAUUUAUAUUUUAAUGCUGUGAGAUAGUUUCUUUGACAUGGCAACAAAAAUACACCACACAGUCAGAACAAAUUAUUUGAAAAAGUUUCAUUCAUCUUUGUGACACAUUUUCCCAAAAUUUAAUAACAACUAAAGAACCCUGAAGGCUCAGAGAGCAGUGAUGACGGCUACGAAGCCUUGAACAAAACGAGGAGUCAGAUCUGUCAGUGUUCUUUUUCACAAAUCCUCUUUGUUCUCACAUUAAUCUGUGCAUUUCAGGUGUAUCAGCCAAACUCUUCGGUUCCCCCAUGUAUAGUCAGCUUGUUCACAUUUUGUAUUAUAGAUUAGAUCUUUAAUGGUUGGAUUUUUCAUAUAAACACCUUGGAGGAUUCAUGUAGUAUAAUCCACAAAUUAAAGCAGUAAAUUAAUAGAUUGUAAAUGUAUAUGCGUUGGAUGCACCCACACAAUUUAAGAAACUGAUGUAAGCAAGGAACAUAAUGAUAUGUUUCUAGUUUCAUCCCUAAAUUUAGAUAACAAAAUGUUUAGUGUUUCCACAAAAAAAAAUGGUUCAUUAUUUCAGCUGUUGAUGAAUCUGCAUGCACACCAGUCAAGAGGUUAUUAUGUCCAGAAGCUUUUGGUUUAAUGUAACACAAAAGAUGCACAUUUGAAAUAAUCACUAAAAGAUUUGUUUUCAAGUUAACCAAGAAGUAAAAUAAUUGUUUUAGUCUGGUGAUGUUAAAAAAAAAUACUGUGCAGAUUAAAUCCCGUGAUUAUGUUGUUUUGCCAUUUGAGUUAAAAGCUCCUAUUUUCAGCCUUGCAAACACAGAGACAUUAUUCAGUGAAGAUACAAAGUAGAUUAAAAUUCUUUUCAUUUCCAA